AUGCUGCAGUACCCGUUGACGGGGCAUGGACGAACCUCUAUUAUUGUCACUGUUCGGCCAGAUAGUCCCAACAUGCUAGAAGGUGUCUGUACACUCAAGUCUGGUCUGAGGGCGCAGAAAGUGGAGGCGCAGGUGACGCCCUCUGGGUACGGCAACAAGGUUCUGGAUGUUAAGGCCAAAUUGCAGCAGGUGCGUCGCAAGAAUGUGACACUGGGGCCACCAUCUACAGCGUGCUGUCGCUGGGAGGCAGCGAUGACGACAGAACUCGAUGCAAGGGUGGUGGAGGUAAACUCGCGGAGAAGACAUGCUUUGGACCACCUGAAAUGCGUCAGUGAGGUGGAGCAGAAGCUUGGCUAG